GUAUUGACCAUCAUCCUUGGUUGUGUAUCGUGUAACACAAAUAAUGAUAUUAAAAGCAUCAAACAAGCCAGCCUCAGCUCCCUCCCUGGGUGAGAAGCCUGACCUAGAAUAUCUCCAGAGGCCCUCUGAACUCUUAGAAAUUGGGCUCUUUUGAUAGACCGGAAGCAGGAGGGGGUCAGGAGCAGCGAGGGAAUUAUACCUCCUCACCUCCCUAGGGAUGGGACUGAGCCAGGUGAUAUCACAAUGGGCAGUGCCCAUCCUGGAGGAGGCAUCACUGUGGGGUGGGAGCAGGAAGACUGUUGGGGAAGGAAGCUGAGAGAUCAUCUGCAGGAGGGGAUUGCAGCAGCUAGGGGCACCUGCCAGGCUGGAGGUGUGGGCUCUCUAGGGGAAGGGUGGUCACUGAUGUCCAGCAGGAGCCCUUGACAGGUAGAGCCUACCAGAGCAUCUCCAGGACCACACCAUGUACCUGUUCUCGCGUAAGACCAAGACCCCCAUCAGUACCUACAGUGACUCCUACAGGGCUCCCACCUCCAUCAAGGAGGUCUAUAAGGACCCACCUCUGUGGGCCUGGGAAGCCAACAAGUUUCUGACUCCGGGUCUGACUCAUACCAUGGAGCGCCAUGUGGAUCCCGAAGCCCUGCAGAAGAUGGCCAAAUGUGCCCUACAGGACUACACCUAUAGGGGGUCCAUAUCAGGCCACCCCUAUUUGCCUGAGAAGUACUGGCUUUCUCAAGAGGAAGCAGACAAAUGCACAACAAACUACCUGAGCAGUGACCGGUACAACACAUGGAGGACGGAACCUUACAACAGCAGCUGCUGCAACAAAUAUACCGCCUACCUUCCUCGGCUGCCUAAGGAGGCCGGGAUGGAGACAGCAGUUCGAGGAAUGCCCUUGGAAUGCCCUUCUAAGCCGGAGCGGCUCAAUGCCUAUGAGCGCGAAGUGGUGGUGAACAUGCUGAACUCACUAUCGCGGAACCAGCAGCUGCCGCGGACCGCGACCCGAUGCGGGUGCGUGGACCCGCUGCCCGGCCGCCUGCCCUUCCAAGGUUACGAAAGUGCUUGCUCUGGCCGCCACUACUGUCUGCGCGGGAUGGACUACUACGCCAGCGGGACGCCCUGCACUGACCGCCGCCUGCGGCCUUGGUGCCGGGAACAACCGACUGUAAGAUGUGUACCUCCCUACGAGCACCGGCCCGGAAUGCAGUGUGCUGUUACAACUCCCCUGCCGUCAUACUGCCCAUAUCCGAACCUUAGGUGGGACACAAGUCACUUCAAGAAGACUGGUGGUCCCCAGAGAAACAACUAUGUCAUCCAUCCUGAGUUUGUGUCUGAGACCUAUCCUGACUAUCGUUGCUGGUAGAGCCUGGGCUUGCUGGGCCAUGGGGGCAGAGCAAUAAAUAAACUCUUCACCCCCAAA